CCUGUGGAACGUAGAUGAAAUUUCACUUCCUUGGCAUGAGGACUCAUCACAUUUGCCAACGGCAUCAUGCCAAAGAUACGCGCCAAGCAAAGAUCUGUGUCUUAUUGCACGAUGAAAUGUGUCCAACUCCUCCAGAUCCUUGGCAUUGUCCUUGCAACGCACUUUGUGAGCUGCCAGAGCUCGUUGCUGGCGCCGCUUUAGUCGAAGUUGCCGCAAAAUGUUGAAAUUCGGCUGAAAGAAUUCUGUACUUGCAGCUUGCCGCAUGUUGACUGAGCUGCAACAGAGUCAAAAUGUGUUUUUCCGCUGUCCAUUCAUAAUUAUUGUUUACAACUUGCGCUUGAUAACUGCUUUUCCAACCGACAGUAAUUUCCCUUUUGUAGUGUGACCAGCAAAAUUCGCACAAUUUGCUAAAAUGGCUCAGUGCACAAAUGACCGGCGACAUGGAAGGACACUCUGGCUGGAAAUUGCGGCACAUUUUCAAUCGCAAGGUGAAGCAGGCGGACGAAGUUUCAACCAAACCCACAGAUGACACUGACUUUGACUUCAACAUCAUCAACAAUGAGAAGCCCACGGAUUAUGCUCAGUUAGAGACAUUUCAUAGAGCUGUAUAUCCAGUCAUGUUACUAGCGCAAUGCUUUUCACUCAUGCCUUUAACCAACAUUUGGCAACCGAAUCCACGUUGCAUGAGAUUUAAAUUCAAAUCGCUGCAAAUGCUUGUCACCAUUAUCUUUAUGGUGGUCACUUCUGUUUUACUUGUCAGCAUGCUCAAGCAUUUAUUCAAGAUUGGCAUUACAGCUAAGAAUUUUGUGGGUCCUGUUUUCUUCACCUUUGUAGAAUGCGCUUGUAUUUUGUUCAUUGAUUUGGCUCGUAAGUGGCCUGCUUUGAUGCGUCACUGGACACGCUUGGAACUGAUCUUCAACAAGCCACCUUAUGAGAUCCUGGCCACGAACUUGAUGCAACGCGUGCGUCUGCCUGCUGUUAUAAUAAUUAUAUGUUCUAUAAUUGAACAUUCUUUGUACCAAGCCUCUGCAAUUGUGAAUUUCGAGCAACGCAUUAUAAUCUGUGCACAAGCUCAUAACACAACUGCGGAUACGUCAUUCGACAACUACAUACUGCACAACUAUGAAUAUGUGUUCCAGGUGAUGCCUUAUCAUCGCAUCACAGCUGUCUAUAUAUUGCUCGUUAAUGGCACCUGCACUUUCAUUUGGAACUACAUGGAUCUCUUUAUCAUGAUGGUUAGCAAAGGCUUGGCCUAUCGCUUCGAACAGAUCUCCACGCGCAUUCGCAAGCUGGAGCACGAAGAACACAUCUCGGAGUCCACAUUCAUCGAGAUUCGCGAGCAUUAUGUGCGCAUGUGUGAGUUGCUGGAGCGUGUGGAUAAUGCGCUGUCCAGCAUCAUUUUAUUAUCCUGCGUGAAUAACUUGUACUUUGUCUGCUGUCAGCUGCUUAACAUAUUCAACAAACUUCGCUGGCCCAUUAGCUAUGUGUACUUCUGGUACUCCACACUUUAUUUGGUGGCACGCACCGCCUGCGUCUUUCUUACGGCAGCCACCAUCAAUGAUGAGUCAAGGAGUGCACUCGGAGUAUUGAGGCGAGUGUCCACUCGCAACUGGUGCGUAGAGGUGGAGCGAUUGAUAUUUCAAAUGUCCACACAAACUGUCGCUUUGUCGGGCAAGAAAUUCUAUUUUCUCACUCGUCGUUUACUUUUUGGUAUGGCUGGCACAAUAGUCACCUAUGAGCUGGUGUUGCUGCAAUUCGAUGAACCGAAUCGUCGCAAAGGAUUGUUGCCCUUGUGCGGGUGA